CUUUUGUCUCGUACGCUGCUGCUCCCCGGAACAAGAGCCUGAAACUAUUGCAGGUGUCGGGCUCAAGAAUCUGCUGUCUGUGCUUUGUGCUCCGGCGCUCUAAGACAAGUCCUUCCAGGCAGCCUCUCUCUCCCCGCACUCGCGCUUUCGCCGAACGAUGCCCGCUUUCGCCCUGCUUCCCAAUGGUCACACCCACCGUUCGGCCUGAAACCUCUUGAUACCCUGAAUAUAUCCCGAAUACGAUCUUUGAUAUAAGCCCGCGCCGUGUCGGAUGCGAUGUCAAGGCCAUGGAGGCCGAUUGGGAUGAACUGUCGCGCAUUCCGGUGCCUGCGCCAAGCGUACACGCCUUGCCGACAAUCGCGACCGCAAUUGCCUUUGAUGAUGUGAUGGAAUUAUUGUGGGCUGGAAAUGAAUUUGGUCGAAUUACCUCCUUCUGCGGCCCCGAGCUUCAGAGGUAUACCUCUGUUCGAGCACACCCUGCGACUGAGGCGGUGCGGCAAAUUUUGUUUCAUGAAAGGGGCGUCAUCUCGCUCUCGCCCAAGAGUGUACAUAUGAUAACCAGGCGUGGCCUGACGCAAUGGCACAUCGCCCACGAGGAAAUGACCGAUCUUCGCUGCAUGAGCUUCACGGCCCAAACAAACCGGAUCAUAGUUGCAGGAUGUCAGAAAGUCAUGUUUACGAUCGAUAUCGAUAAGGGAAUCAUCAUCGACAAGCUCGGGACGGAGUACAACUACACCAUAAUGAAGAAGAGUCGUUAUCUCUGCGCAGCAACAGAUACGGGAUCAGUGAAUGCGUUGAGCCUGAACGACUUCAGUGUGGUGAAAUCCUGGAAAGCACAUGGAACUGCGGUUAAUGAUAUGGAUGCUCGGAAUGACCUUCUCGUCACCUGCGGCUUUUCUGUCAGACACAUGGGCUCCCCGAUCGUUGAUCCAUUAGCCAACGUCUACGACCUGAAGACUCUCUCGCCGUUACCCCCCAUCCCCUUUCACGCUGGAGCUGCGUAUGUACGGAUGCAUCCGAAACUGCACACGACAAGCUUUGUUGCAUCUCAAACGGGUCAGCUUCAAGUGGUGGACCUGAUGAAUCCCAACGCGAUCAACCUUCGCCAGGCGAACGUCUCAUUCAUGCUUGGCAUCGACCUGUCGCCAUCCGGAGAAGCAUUGGCCAUCAAUGAUGCAGAGUGUGCGAUCCAUCUUUGGGGAUCACCAGCUAAAGUUCACUUCAAUGAAAUGAGCAAGGAAGCUGAAUUCGCCGAUGUAGCUCCCCGCCCUCCGACGUUCGAUUGGUCUGCAGACACGCCCUUGAGCAUGGUUGGCAUGCCUUAUUAUCACGAACGUCUCUUCUCUGCAUGGCCAAGCCAUCUCAUUUUCGAGGUCGGCAGCCCGCCAGCCCAAGUGGACCAGGCCUUGAUUCCCUAUCUCCGUCCUGCAGAGAUGGGUCAUCAUGCGCCGAACCCCAAGAAAACGCGACGCUACCAGGUCGAGAACACUCGCGCUUUGGCUUCUGCAGAAUCUGCUCUCAUUGCCCCCAAGUUCCUGAGUGAAAAGGCCAGAGAACAGAACAAGGCGAAGUCCGAAGGGGCCAUCAGUGAUGCUGCCGAGGCACUGGCAGGUGCGAAGAUCAACGGGGAAACAGAGGAUGAUCCUCUCCUCAAAUACAGCAACGUUGAAAUCAAGUACAGUCGGUUUGGCGUUGAUGAUUUCGACUUUAGGUUCUACAACCAGACGACCUUCUCCGGACUGGAGACACAUAUCGCAAACUCCUUCACGAAUGCUUUGCUUCAGCUUUUCAAAUUUAUCCCAUACAUCCGCAACGUCGCUCUUCAUCACGCUGCCAGCUCUUGCAUCUUCGAAAAUUGUCUGCUCUGCGAGAUGGGCUACCUUUUCGAUAUGCUCGAGAAAGCGAAUGGUCAAAAUUGCCAGGCGACAAAUCUCCUCAAGGCCUUUAGCAGUUUCCGCGAAGCGUCAAAUCUGGGCCUAUUCGAAGAGAACCUGACCAACAAGUCGCUUUCGGCCGCGAUUCAGGCCGUGAACAGAUUCUUUCUGGGCCAGAUCUCACACGACUUCCGCAUGAUCUCACCAAGCUCGGAUGACCUCGAUCACAGGCUAGCAACGGUCGCUUCUGAAGCCAUACGGUGCAUGUUCUGCCAGAAUGAGAUCGUGAGACCGGGCAAUUCCCUCGUCAAUGAGUUGAACUACCCUGCAAUUGAUAUCAAGCAAGCUCGAAGGAACCCUGCUUUCCGCUUUUCGAAUAUACUGCGAUCGAGCAUUGAGCGGGAAACGCAGAACAGAGGAUGGUGCAACUAUUGCCGACGGUAUCAGCAAGUCGCUAUCCGAAAAUCAGUACACCGCAUGCCUCAUGUCCUGAUGCUCAAUGCGGCUCUGAGCAAUCCCCUUUGCCGAAGACUGUGGGCGAUUCCUGGAUGGCUGCCGGAAGAAGUUGGAAUUGUUAUCGAUGGCGGCCAGAUAUUGUGCUUCGAAGGUGAAGAGCUCAAGAUGCGGGUCCAGGCUAAGAUGCCCGGGCUCGUGAUAUACGACUUGGUCGGUUUGGUCUGCGAAAUUGACAUCCCAGAGCAUCAGAAGGCACACCUUGUCUCGUUCAUCAAUGUCUCCAUCUCCUCUCGAGAACCAGAGACGAAAAAUAGAUGGCACCUGUUCAACGACUUUCUUGUUACAGAGGUGGAUAAGGAUGAAGCUCUCCGCUUUAACCAGCCAUGGAAGAUACCAUGUGUGGUGGCUUUCCAGGUGAAAGAUGGUCGGCAUGCUAUGGACGAUACUUGGAAAAAGUCCCUUGAUACCACUCUUCUAUUCCGCGACUGGUCACUAAAUGGUGGCUGUCCCGUGGAAUCGCGUGUCACGCUGACUGAAGAGGAGAAACCGACGCCCGGCACACCAGUUGCUCUUGAUACCGAGUUUGUCGAUCUCGAAAAGGCCGAAAUCGAUGUGAAAGCAGAUGGCUCCCAGGAGAUCGUACGCCCAAGCAAGAGUGGACUCGCCAGAGUAUCAGUCCUCAGGGGCUCGGGGCUCCGAGAAGGUGCUCCCUUCAUCGACGACUACAUCACCAUCAAGGAGACGAUUGUCGACUAUGUGACCCAGUACUCGGGCAUCAAGCCUGGUGAUCUAGACCCCAGGGUCAGUCAACACAACUUGGUCCCGCUCAAGGUCGCAUACAAGAAGCUCUGGCUGCUCCUCAACCUAGGAUGCGUAUUUGUCGGACAUGGUUUAGCGUCUGAUUUCCGCAAGGUCAAUAUCCAAGUACCCAAAAGCCAGACCGUGGAUACUCAGUAUCUGUUCUUCCACCCCGGCAAGAACCGCCGGUUGAGUCUUCGAUAUCUGGCUUGGGCGGUGUUCAAGGAAUACAUUCAAGAGGAACCGGUCGAUGACAACCAAGGACACGACUCUAUUGAAGAUGCGCGCAUGGCUCUACGGCUCUGGAAGAAAUUCAAAGAAUACGAAGACGCAGGGAUUGUGUCUCAAAUACUGGAAGAGAUCUUCCGCGAAGGAUCCAAGCUUGGAUUCCGACCACCCCCCAGGAACGGUGUCCCCACCGUCCUUUCUCGCCCUGGCACGGCAGUCACUAUGCAAAACAAUAGCGGCCGCAACACUCCCAGCGCAGCCGAUGUAGCGGGCGCUGCUGCCAGCGCCCCGGCGACCCCCCGGCAAGCGUUCCGACGCUCCAUCGCUCUGACGCCCAGCAACGGCAGCUUUGCUGGACCCGGGGCGGGAGACUUCUUCAGCGGAAGUCCCUUGAAGUGAUAUCUUAUCGCCAUUGGAAGUGCGAUUUUGAUGACCUCUAUACGACGCUACCGACUGCUUAUAAUAUCAGUUCAGAGAGCCCGCGACAGAGGGGCAUUUGGAUGUACUGUCAUAAUUGGCUACACAGGAAGGAAAUUAGGAACAAGCUAUAUAUAGCUCAGUAGAUAG